AGAUUAUUACUCAUACUACGUAAUACUCCGUGCAUACUACGUACUUCGUAUAAAAAUGGAAAAAUUCACACUAAUAAUCCCACCUAUUUCCGGUCUUCCAUUAUUAACCCCUCCCAUGUGUAAUUCGGGAUUAAUACCAAUUAAAGGGGUAACCUUCCACAAACACUCUCAGUGCAUGGGCAACCGGUUGAACGGGUAAAAUUUAAUUUUGCCUACCUAACAACGGUCUGUAGCAUUAGAUCAAUUGAAGACAAACCUUACACAAGAAACAUUGAGUCUGGGCAUCCGAGAUUGGAGGAACGAAAAGGGAUUGAAGAAAGGUUAUCUCCACGCAAAGCUGAAAGAACAAUGGUAAAUUGCUUUGACUAUUAUCGUUGUUGUGUUAUUGUCUUCGUUGCUUUGGUCAGACAGUUGUGGUUGGUGUUAAUUUUAAUUUGUAUUUCAAUGUGUUCGUUGGUACAGUUUUUAGGGUUUACCUUAUGAAACUAAAUUUCAUUCAUAUCUCGUUUUGACUGUUAUUGUUGUUACGUUUUAGGGUUUAGGGGAAACUCAUGUUAAACUGUGCAUAUGGCAUGGGGGAGUAUUUAAUAAGGACAGUAGGGGUAGACUACAAUACGUGGGAGGUGAAUUCAGAAUGUUUGAUGUGGAUGCAGACGAAUUAUGUUGGUUUUGGUUAGAAGAGCUGGCUAAGAAAUGUGGGGAUUAUUGUAAUAUUGAUGCCAUUUAUUACAUGGUACCUAAUCUGAGCUAUGAAGAAGGAUUGAGAAGGGCUUAUCAUGAUGAACAAGUGAGGGAAAUGAUAGUUGUAGCCUUAAAGACAAAAUGCAUUGACUGUUAUGUCAUUCAUGGAAUUGAUGUGCCUCAUUUAAUAGAAGUCAUUGAAUAUGUGGGAUCUAAGGUCCUAGGGGAGGAUCUAAGGUCAAGGCUAUUGUUAGAGAUGAAGACAUUGUUGCAAACCUAAAUAAUGACAAAGAUGGUCAUGUGGGGACUUCACAAGCUGUGACCACUGAUUCAGAGCCAUUUCAGGCUGACAGGCCCCGCAGCCCAUUUACCUGGGAGGAAGAAGAAGACUCAGAUGACCCAGAGUACACUCCUGCAAGUGAAGAUGAUGGCAUAAAUGGUAAGAAUUCUGAUUUCCAAGGUGAUACUUCAGAGGAGGAAGACCUGGAGAACAUACAAGAGGGUCUGGUUGGAUCAGAUCAUGAUACCAGUGAUGAAGAGUUUCAAAGGGUUAGGGAUAAAGUUAAGGGGUGGAAUGCCGAGAUAUUAGGGAUUGCAGCUACACUUCAAAAAGAAGCUGGUGAGGGUAAACUUCCAGGCCAAAAUCAGAGAUCAGGUAAGGCAAGGGUGCAAGAAGAAAAGGAGGAAGACUUUGCCUACAUUAGUGACUAUGAAGACACAUAAGAGGAAACUUUAACACCAGAUGAAGAUGAAGAACAAUAUCAAUUGAAAAAAAGGAGGGAAAAGAUCCUAGUUGUUAAUGAACAAACUGAUUAUAAAAUACUCGAGUGGAAAGUAGGAACCAGAUUUGAGAGUAGAGAGAAAUUUAGAGAUGUUGUAGUUAGAUUUGCAGUGGCCCAAGGCAGAAAUCUAAUGUUCAGUGUUGGUGAUAAGAAAAGGCAACAAAGGUUAGGUGCAAUAUGUGUACCUGGGUGUCCCUUUAGGAUAUAUGCUAGUUGGGACAGUACAACAGGCUCUUUUGCGGUGAAAUCAGUUGUGGGGGAUCACUGGUGUCAAAGAAACAUGGAAGCUAACAAACAACUGAAAUCUUCAUGGGUUGCUAAGCAGUUUCUGGAAGUUUUUAAAUCAAAACCCCAUUGGCCAGCUAAGGAAAUCAUUGAACCCAUACGCAGAGCAUAUAGAGUGGUUGUUAAGAGGAACUUUGUUUACAAAGUUAAGUACAAUGCGCAUAGGAAACUUCAUGGUAGUAUGAAGGACCACUACAACAAACUUGGGAGGUAUCUUGAGGCCUUGUCAAUUGCCAGUCCCACCAGCCAUUUCCAGCUUCAAGUUAAUCCAGAAUUAAGAGUCUUUCCACCAGUAUUUUAGAGACUUUUUGUCUGUUUUGAUGGUGUUAAGCAAGGUUGGCUAGAAGGGUGUAGAAAGGUCUUGUGUGUUGAUGGGUGUUUCCUAAAAACAUUUUUGGGUGGAGUCUUACUUCCUGUUGUUGGAAGAGAUGCAAACGAGCAAAUGUGAAUAGCUGGGAAUGGUUCUUCAUUCAACUAAAUAGAGCAAAAGGUGAAACAUAUGGUUCUGAGCUUACCAUAAUCUCUGAAGAACACCGGGUAAAACUCUCAUAUUUUUUCUCUUUUACUGCUUCACCAGUGUGUUUUAGUGAAAUUUUCCAUAAUCUUAUCAAAUGUUGUUUAUUUUUUCCUAUUAUUUACUGACUAUGUCAUUAAUUCCUUGAGAGGCUAUUUUGAAUGGAGUACAGAAAGUCCUUCCUAAGGCAAAACACAAACAUUGUGUUAGGCACAUCUAUGCCAACUGGCACAAAAAUCAUAAAGGGGAUGAGCUUAAGAUGGCUUUCUAGAAAAUAGUGAAGGCCUAUAAUCAAGCAGACUAUGAGGAAGCUUUACAGGAAAUGGAGGUACUGAGCCCAUUAACCACUCAGUCUUUCAAAGCAUAUGAUCCAACCAAAUUAUGCAGGUGUUUUAUUCAAACACAUACCAAAUGUGAGGUAAUUGUGAGCAAUAUGGCUGAGACAUUCAACGGUCACAUUCUAAAUGUUAGAACAAAGCAUUUAAUAUUCAUGAUGGAAGAUAUUAGGACAGCUUUAAUGCAAAGGAUUGUUCAGAAAAGGCAACAAAUGGAAGUCAGUCACCACAUUAUAUGUCCUAAGAUUCAAGCAAAGCUAGAAAAGGAAAAGGAAGAAGCAGCCAACUGUGCAGCAAUGCCUUCAUCUCUCAUGGUUUUCCAAGUGAACCAUAGGCUAGAUAGUAUGACUGUAGAUCUGAUCUCAACGACUUGCACCCGUAGGAAGUGGGAAUUGACCAGAGUGCCUUGUUGUCAUUCUGUAGCUUGCAUGUUCUUUCUUCAUCAUGCCCCUGAAGACUAUGUGUGUGAGUAUUAUAAGAAGGAGACCUACAUGAAGAUAUAUAGUGGAUGUAUCUCUCCAUGCCUUAGUGAAAGGCACUGGCCAAGAAAAGAGGCUGAGUUAGAUCCUCCACCAAUCAAAAUUGGGCCUGGAAGACCAAGGAAAAAUAGGAGAAAGGAUCCCCAUGAAGAUCCAAAGAAACCUGAUAAGCUAACAAAGCAUGGAUUACAAAUGCGUUGUAGCAUUUGUAAGUCCACUCAACACAACAAAAGGAAAUGUCCUGACAAAGACAAAAAAUACAACCUCAAGUGUUUCAAAUCAACCUAAAAGACCAAAGGGGAGACCUAGGAAGAAUGCACAACCUUCUGGUGAGCCUGCAAGUGAAACCGAGUAUGGCAAUGCCACUGCCCAGCCUUCACAAACUGGGAGAGGUGGGAGGCUGCUCAUGAGAGGCAGGGGCAGAGGAAGAUCUAAAGGGAGAGGCAAUCAGGUUCCUCAGGGAUUUGGUGUGUUUGUUGAUGGUCAGGGAAACACCAUUCUGAAUUCACCUGGUCAAGUAGGAGGUCCCAUACUGCUUUCAGGGGAUGGAUAUGCUCCAUCAAGCGUUGUUAGUGCACCUGUGUGAAAGAAUGUUGUGUCAUGAAUGAUUUCUAAGCACUUUGUGUUCAAACUCUUUCAAUUAUGUUGUGUAAUAGAUUUCUUAGAUGUCAAUGUAUUUUGGAUGUUGUUAAUCUUCGUUUUAUGUACUGGAUGAAUGAUGUUGG